UAUAGCCCGACCAACCGACUUUGGAGGUCAGCAGUUUCUGCGCUCGCCUGUGCGUCGGCUAGUCGUUGGGGUCCCUGUGUCGAAAAGGAACGAACUGAACCAAAGAUGGCAAGCAGAAAGGCCAAGAAGAAGGCAGGGUCGAUGCGCGCCAAGCGCGUGACAUCCAACGUCUUCGCCAUGUUCACCUCUGAGCAGAUCCAGGAGUUCAAAGAGGCCUUCACAUGGAUCGACCAGAACCACGACGGCUUCCUGCAGCCUGACGAUCUGAAGGGUGUCUUCUCAGAGCUGAACAAGGAUCCCGGCGGUGAUGGCAUCGACAAGAUGAUGGCCGACGCACCUGGCCCCAUCAACUUCACCUGCUUCUUGACAAUCAUGGGCAGGAAACUCAAGGGUGUGGACACCGAAGAGGUCAUGUUAGACGCCUUCAAGAUCUUGGAUCCCGAUGAGACUGGGAAAGUAGCAGUAAGCACGAUCAAAGAGCUGCUGGUCAGUGGCGGCGAGAAGUUCACAGAUGACGAGCUGAAGGGUGCAUUUGAAGGUGCACCAGUCGAGGAUGGAAACUUGGACUACAUCAAGUACUGCAAGAUCGUGAAGCGCGGCGAGGACUAGACCAGCUGCAGCCCCCCACCCACACGCUUCGGUCGUAGGGAUCACGUCAUCGUCUUUGAACUAUGUCAGAAACGUACUUUGUGAGCACAUUUGAGCUAUUUAUGGCGACAUCACCACACCACCACAGUUGUCAUCAUCAUGUUGCCUGCUAUUUUCGGCUCGCACAUGAAACAUAGACGGGCUUCUGACAUACUUUGAACCGACUCAAGUUACCAUUCUUCUGUACCAACAAAUGUAUUUACUUAUCUCCAAAUCAAUUUUCGUUAUGAAAUUAAAUGUGUACUUUUAAACGCCUGUUGGUCAUUUGGACUAAACUGGUCGUAUCGUAACAGAAAAGUGUACCACCGUCUUUUAAAACGUAGGCGAAGUAAACGAGGUAGAUGUAGCAUGUACAUGUGAACAGUGAAGAGGGGCGACAUUUUGAGAAAUAACCAGAGGUGUUACGAAGGACAGAGGAGCAGAUGGUUUGUCUUGCACAGGGAGAUCCUCACUUGCAUUUUUGUACAGUUCGUAUUUUGGUUUGUGUCAAUGGUUUGUCCAGCCUUUUGACUUCCAGUAAAGUUUAACGGCUGCUCUCACCUA